ACAUUCUAGAGACUAUCACUAAUAUCCGCCCGGAUGAUCGUCUUGUUCUGGAGCCAUAUCUCUGUGCCAUUGCUAUGGAAUAUCUGGAGCUGGAUUACACUGCUGGAAGCUCAACUGCUACCUUACGGCAGAUCAAACCGUUCGAUGCUGACGAAAUAAUGAUGUAUGCAGAUGCUUUUUAUUAUUCAAUCACCUGUGUAGGAGGGGCAAAAAAACAUCCGUACACUUAUCGUUAUGGAUUUAAAUGACAACCCUCCGGUCUUCCCGACCAAAUCAUACGGCUUCACAGUGUGGGAGGAGACACCUGUGGGUAAAACUGUGCUCAGUGUGACAGCUACUGAUAAUGAUGUAUCUGCACUAAGCAGAAAAACUUUAUAUUCUAUUCUGCCUCCAGCACCAGAAGACUUUGAACUGAGUGUUGAUGACCCAACGAAUUCAUGUAACAUCAAGUUGACUAAACCUCUGAACUACAACAAGAUUCAACAUUACAAAUUCACCCUGCUUGCUAGAGAUGUAGGAAGUCUCACUGACACGAUGAUAGUUGAAAUAGCAGUUAAAGAUGGGGACAACCUAAACCCUUAUUUUGACCACUGUCAAUACAAGGCAUCCAUUAAGGAAAAUCAGGUAGGACACUUCUCACACAUCACUCCUGAGGCCAUAAAAGCUCAAGAUGGCGACAAAGGCAUCAACGCGUCUGUAGUUUACAGCUUAACGACAGUCGUUCCAAAUAAAUACCAGAACAACUUUGAAAUUGAUCGAAGAAGUGGAGUGAUCUCUGUGACGAAGGCACUAGACAGAGAGGAAAUAGAGCAGAUUUCUGUUAUCAUACAGGCAGCUCAGGAGAAUGAUGCCAGUAAGACGGCUGAGACUGUGGUACUGGUCACCAUUGUGGAUGUGAAUGACAUCCUGCAGUAACUUGACCAGGGGGACUGUUCUUCACCCGUUGCUUAAUACAUCUGAUAUGAUUUGACAGUUGCCAUAUCUUUUAACCCUGAUAGCUCUUAAAACCUUGUUUUGUGUUUAAAUUCAUUGUGCAUCAUAAAAGCAGUUUGAGA